AUGGCAAUGCAAGCUGCCAAGAGGGCGAACAUUCGACUUCCACUUGAAGUAAACCGGGUUUUGUAUAUAAGAAAUUUGCCGUGCAAAAUCACAGCUGAAGAAAUGUAUGAUAUAUUUGGAAAAUAUAGACCUACUCGUCAAAUCAGAGUAGGGAACACACCUGAAACUAGGGGAACAGUUUAUGUGGUCUCUGAAGACGUCUUUGAUGCCAAGAACACGUGUGAUCACCUGUCAGGAUUCAAUGUGUGUAACAGAUACCUUGUGGUUUUGUACUAUAGUGCUAACAGGGCAUUUCAGAAGAUGGACACAAAGGAGAAGGAAGAACAGUUGAAGCUUCUCGAAGAGAAAUAUGGCAUCAACACAGAUCCACCAAAGUAA